AUACUUCGCACGAACACAGUAUCGUGAGCUAUGACGGCAUAGAUUGAACGAAAAAUUUUUCUUGCCAAGAGCCAUUCCGCAUUCGUCUGGAAAAUAUACACGAGCCGAUAAUUUAUUGUAUCCCGACAGCAUGAUCCCUAUGUGGUGGGCACGUCCUGCCCAAUCGUCAGUACGACAGCCGUCGACAGCGCUCCCGGUGUUCAUCGGUCUUCCCGACGCUGCGCUUACCCGCAACAGGUUGGCCCACACGAGUCUCUCUACUCAGUAGUCAGUAUUCAGUCACUGUUGCACUGUCACGCCACGCGAUCGACUGAUCCCACGCCCGUUUCGUAUUUUGCCGUGUCCACCCGUCACUUUUGCGUACCUAUUGCUGGGCGUUUGGAGUCAACACCACGGCCGACACUCGCGCGUCCUGUGCGCUGCCGUAACCUUGUGCGUCCUCCCGGUGUCGAAAGCUGCUGUGCCUUCGACGGCCGUUGGUCAACCAGUCGAGUGUGUAUUAUUAUUAGUGUCACCGUCACCGCCGCCGUCGCCACCACCGACACGGCGCUACCUACCUCUGCGCAAUCACCGUCGCCGCAGUCGGCCGUGUAUCGUUUGUCCGCGCUCAGUCCGGUGACCGCACUCGGCGUCCUCAUCGUAUUGUCGCCUCCACAUAUUAUAAUAUUAUUGUAUCGUGUGAACGGCACUCGUCUUCGCCAUCGGAAUCAUUAUUGUAUUGUCAAGCCGUGCCGUCAUUCAUCGCCACCUACCUCCACGCAUCACCGUCGUAGCAGACAGCAGACUGCAGUCGCAGGCGCCGCCGAUUGACAUAUUUUAUCACUGCCGACCCGUUGUCCUGUGCACCGAUAUGGGUUCUAAUGAUAACUUUACUGAAGAAAAAAUUGAAGGAUCUGAUGAAAAUAUACAAACCCUAAUAUGUGUAGAACCAUUUGAAGAUUGUGAUUCAUUGCUGUAUAAUGGUCAUGACGUUACAGGUGAAACUAAAUUUCCGAACCGUACUUACACUUUACUUAAUGAAUCAACAAUAGUGCUUAAAAAUGAUGAUGUUGAUGAUUCAUUGAAUGACAUCAAUAAUAGUGAAGUUAUAAAUGUAAGAAACGAAUUGAAUAUGCCUAUACCCGAAGACCAAAUCACUGUGAGUGAUGACUUAGAAGAUGACUCUGAUUCUGAUUUAGAAAUAAUUGAGCCAUCGACACAAUUAAAUAAAAAUAUUUAUGGUGCUAAUAAAAAUUCAAACAUAUUCAAAAGACAAACCGAACAAAAUCCUUUAAAUUUAAAGGAAUUGAAAAUAGCCUCCACUGCUGAUAUUAAUUUGCCAGUUAAUUUAGAACAAAAUUACAUGAUAAGCAACGGAAUACCUGCAGGAUGUUCAUCGCUGAUGUCUUAUGCUUCUUCAUCGCAUGGAUUAAAAUCAAAUGUACAAAAAAGCAAUAUGAGUUCUUUAACUGGGUUUGUUAAGCUAUCAUCAAACUCAGAAUCUUUAAAUCAAUCAAAUAGUCUACGAUUAAGUGGAGAAACUCAAAGAUCACAGAUUAUAAGGGCAUUUGGUAAAUCUUCAAAUAAGUAUGAAAAUAUUGUGAAUGAUGACUUAGAAGAUGACUCUGAUUCUGAUUUAGAAAUAAUUGAGCCAUCGACACAAUUAAUUAAAAAUAUGUAUGGUGCUACUAAAAAUUCAAACCUAUUCAAAAGACAAACAGAACAAAAUCCUUUAAAUUUAAAGAAAUUGAAAAUGGCCUCCACUGCUAAUAUUAAUUUGCCAGUUAUUAUAGAACAAAAUUACAUGAUAAGCAACGGAAUACCUGCAGGAUGUUCAUCGCUGAUGUCUUAUGCUUCUUCAUCGCAUGGAUUAAAAUCAAAUGUACAAAAAAAAAAUAUGAGUUCUUUAACUGGGUUUGUUCAGCUAUCAUCAAACUCAGAAUCUUUAAAUCAAUCAAAUAGUCUACGAUUAAGUGGAGAAACUCAUAGAUCACAGAUUAUAAGGGCAUUUGGUAAAUCUUCAAAUAAGUAUGAAAAUACUGUGAGUGAUGACUUAGAAGAUGACUCUGAUUCUGAUUUAGAAAUAAUUGAGCCAUCGACACAAUUAAAUAAAAAUAUCUAUGGUGCUACUAAAAAUUCAAACCUAUUCAAAAGACAAACCGAACAAAAUCCUUUAAAAUUAAAGGAAUUGAAAAUAGCCUCCACUGCUGAUAUUAAUUUGCCAGUUAAUUUAGAACAAAAUUACAUGAUAAGCAACGGAAUACCUGCAGGAUGUUCAUCGCUGAUGUCUUAUGCUUCUUCAUCGCAUGGAUUAAAAUCAAAUGUACAAAAAAACAAUAUGAGUUCUUUAACUGGGUUUGUUCAGCUAUCAUCAAGCUCAGAAUCUUUAAAUCAAUCAAAUAGUCUACGAUUAAGUGGAGAAACUCAUAGAUCACAGAUUUUAAGUGCAGUUGAUAAAUCUUCAAAUGAGGAUAAAGUAACAUUGUCUGACAAAAUGAAUCGUUUAGUUUCUCAAAGAGGUUCUUCGGAUGAAGAUGAUACACCUAAAAAGUUAAUUUCUUGCAAAUAUGAAAAUUGUGGUACAUUGGUGGAACCUGAAUUAUUGACUGAUAAUUUAUAUUGUAGUUUGGCAUGUAAAAAUCAAAAACAAACAGUAACUGAAGAAGAACAUUUUAUCGAUGAAACUUCCAAUCCAACUGAAAAAACUACAGUUGAUCGUAAUCACGAUUUAACAAAAUUAAAAAAUAGAAUUAAUAAGGUGAAACCGUUGUUAAAAACUUCUUGUCCAGAAGAAAAUACCUAUUUUAAUGAACAAAUUUUAAGUGCAGUUGAUAAAUCUUCAUAUGAGGAUAAAGUAACAUUGUCUGACAAAAUGAAUCGUUUAGUUUCUCAAAGAGGUUCUUCCGAUGAAGAUGAUACACCUAAAAAGUUAAUUUCUUGCAAAUAUGAAAAUUGUGGUACAUUGGUGGAACCUGCAUCAUUGACUGGUGAUUUAUAUUGUAGUUUGGCAUGUAAAAACCAAAAACAAACAGUAACUGAAGAAGAACAUUUUACCGAUGAAACUUCCAAUCCAACUGAAAAAACUACAGUUGAUCGUAAUCACGAUUUAACAAAAUUAAAAAAUAGAAUUAAUAAGGAGAAACAGUUGUUAAAAACUUCUUGUCCAGAAGAAAAUACCGAUUUGAAUGAACAAAUAAUGAUAGAAGAUAAAGAUGUUUUAAAAUAUAUGACAGGGUUUCAACUCAGAUCUGCACCGUUACAAUUUUUUGAUAGACCUUUCCCUGCUGAAAAGAACCUAUUCGUAGUAGGAGAAAAACUGGAAGGAAUUGAUCCUAAAUAUGAAGCAUUAUUCUGUGUGAUGACUGUGUCAGAAGUUUGUGGAUACCGUAUUCAAUUACAUUUUGAUGGUUUUGGAUCUGAAUAUGAUUUUUGGGUAAAUGCGGAUUGCCCAGAUUUAUUUCAUGCAGGAUGGUGUGAAUUGAAUUCGCGCAUUCUACAACCACCAUGUAAUUAUCGGAAAGUAUUUGAUUGGACUGAUUAUCUUAGAGAAUGUCAAGCUGUAGCUGCUCCAAAAUGCAAUUUUGUCUCCACUAAAAACCUUAAUAGUUGUAAAAAUCCACACAAAUUUCAAAUUGGAGGUAAAUUAGAAGCAUUAGAUAAAUUAACCCGUACACAUUCAGAACAGUUAAUAUAUGUUGCUACUAUUGCUGAUAUUUUGGGUAAUCGUAUUCGUAUUCAUUUCGAUGGGUGGCCAGAUGAUUUUGAUUACUGGGCGGAUAUUACAUCAAACUAUAUACAUCCAAUAGGGUGGUGUGAAAAAAAUGGUCGUACUUUAUUUCCACCUAAAUAUUAUAAAGCUAAGAAAGGAAGAAAACCUUUUAAUUGGACUGAAUACUUAGCAGAGACUAAGAGUGAACCUGUGCCUGAGGAUGCAUUUGUUCGCAGACCUUUACGAGAUUUUUGUAUUGGAAUGGUUAUAGAAGUUUUUGAUCUUGUUGUUCCAAAACUAUUAAGAAUUUCUAAUGUAGUAGAUGUUAGAGGUGAUGAAUUAAAAAUUGUUUAUGAUGGAUUUGAUAAUGAUCAUGCAUAUUGGAUUGAAGACGAUAGUCCAGAUAUUCAUCCUGUUGGAUGGUCGUCAAAAAUUAACCAUCCAAUUGAACUGCCUCCAGCAUCUAAUACACUUUGGAGUUGCAAUAUUCAUGGCUGUAAAGGUUAUGGCAAUUCAUCAGAUCAUUUGAUAAUUGAUCAUGUUGGAAUACAAGAUUGUCCAUAUGAAAUGGAUGCAUGGAAAAACGCUGUUGCUAGGUUGUCAAAUGUGCCUGAUCGAUUGAAAAAUCAUAAUAUUUUAACUACCACAACAUUGACAAGGUAG